AUGAAUUCUUCACAGAACCACGGUAACCCUACCAAGCCUGAUGACCUUCCGAGAGCGGUGUCGAUUGGAAUUGUUCUCACAAUCAUCAUUACAGUGACUGUCUGUGGUAAUGUGGUGGUGUGUCUGGCUGUCGGAUUCAACCGGCGGCUCCGCACCCUGACUAACUGUUUCAUUGUCUCCUUGGCUGUCACAGACCUGAUGCUGGGCCUGCUGGUGCAGCCCUUCGCAGCCAUCGAUGAGGUCUCCAAUCAUAGAUGGUAUUUUUCACGUACCUUUUGCGAUAUCUACAGUAGUCUAGAUGUCAUGCUGUGCACAGCCUCCAUCCUCAACCUCUUCAUGAUCAGUCUUGAUCGCUACUAUGCUGUCACAGCACCACUCCGCUACACCACUUUGGUCACUCCUCGGCGGGUGGCCACAGUUAUGGUCUUUAUAUGGGUGGUGUCAAUCAUGGUCUCAUUUUUGCCCAUCCAUUUGGGCUGGAACACUAAUGGCAUAACAGACCCUGAUCCUGAGAUGUGCAUCCUUGGGGUCAAUCCUGUUUACGGACUGGUAGAUGCCUUGCUUACAUUCUACAUCCCUUUGGUUAUCAUGUGCAUCACAUAUUAUCGGAUAUUCAAAAUAGCCAGAGAGCAAGCAAAGAGGAUCAACAACGUUCCCUGUAACAAGAAAGUCAACCACCAUGUGUUGCCAACUGUGAAUGAGCACAAAGCCACUCUGACUCUUGCAAUUGUGAUGGGAGCCUUCAUUAUUUGUUGGUUUCCUUAUUUCACAGUGUUCAUCUACCGAGGCAUCAAAGGGAACAGCGCAGUGAGUAAAGGCUUGCUGUCUGUUGUCACAUGGCUUGGGUAUGCCAACUCAGCUUUGAACCCUAUCUUAUAUGGUACUCUGAACAGGGACUUCCGGACUGCUUAUCAGCAAUUACUCAGGUGUCAGAGGGUGGGGCCAGAUGCAAGAAAGUCUCCCCCAACACCCAGACAUCUGAUGACGGACAAGUCCUGUGAAGAGACACUGAGUAAGCAAGAAGAUAUACCUCUACAGUUGCAUGAGAGAAAUGGGAAGGAGAACCCUCUCAGCCAAGACAGCUUGGAAAGGAACUCCAGCCCACCGUGUGAUGCAUCAUCCUCCACUAUCCUGUCCUCUUGUCGAAGUCUGUGGUUAGCCAAGUUCCUUCCCAAAAGGACUGUGUGGAUCCCAGUGUUCGAUGGGCCAGUGACAAUUUCCCAGAAGACAGAGCAGUCCUCUGCACCCCACACAGUGAUCUACUGGGUCUUUUCCUGAGUCAAAACCU